GAUGCAGAUAAUGUUUUGCAGCUCAGAGGGAUACAUGUACAGAGACCUGUCAGACUAAGCUCCGCCACGCAAGCAAAACAGAAGUUCCAGUCCAGCAGUCACCAUGCCGAAGACUUCGACAUCCAAGGCCUUUGCCGCUGCUUUUGGCAUCCUGACUGUAUCUGUCAUUGGCAGCAUUGUCACUAUGAUCAUCUUGUACAAGACUGAGAUCUCGACAAUGAAUCCGACGCCACGGCCGACCAUCACUUCCACCACUAUGGGACCGCCGCCUGUCAUGCGGUUGCCGACAAAUCUUGUACCUGAGAACUACAAAAUCUUUCUUCAUCUUCAUUUCUACUCCGAAAUCAUAGAGGAAGUUAAUGUCACCACUCCCAACCAGACUAUGCUGUUCACUGGUAACUCAUCUGUAGAUUUCCAUUGUGUUAAGACGACGCGGAGCAUUUACCUGCAUAGCCGAGACCUGAGGGUUUAUGAUCCGGUGGUGAAGAACAAAAAUACAAAUAAGGAGAUCAGGACAGCUAACAUGAAGUAUCACACAGAUGAAAGUAAUUUCCUGGAGAUCCAGUUAAAGGAUCAACUGGAGGAAGGAAUGAACUACAGCUUGUUUCUGGCAUUCAAGGGGGAGAUAUCGCAACAUCUUCAAGCGUUGUAUGUUAGCACAUACGAUGAAGGUUUUCCACAUCCUGACGAUAAUACAAAUACGGAGAGAUUUCUUGCCAGUACCCAUCUGCAGCCAACGGACGCCAGAAGAGUGUUUCCUUGUUUCGAUGAGCCGGAAAUGAAAGCCGUGUUUGUUGUGACAAUCAUUCAUAGACCAAAUAUGGUCGCACUUGGAAAUGAAAAUGAGGCAGGCGCUGAUAUUAUUGAUGGCUGGAAAGUCACUCGUUUUAAUCCGACACCGAAAAUGUCCACAUACUUGUUUGCAUUCACAGUUUCCAAAUUCACAUCCAUCCUGUCCAAGCACGACCGUGUGAAAAUUCGAAUAUUUGCUCGGCCAGAGGCGACAAAAGCUGGACACACUCGAUAUGCAGCAAAUGUUACCGGAGAGAUUCUUAAGUUCUACGAGAAAUACUUUGACAUGAAGUACCUUCUGAAAAAGCUGGAUCAAAUUGCACUGCCAGAUUUAGCUGCUACAGCAAUGGAAAACUGGGGACUGAUCACAUAUGAAGAGGGAGCUUUGCUGUAUGAAGAGGGAGUGUCAUCCCAGUUGCAUAAGGAAACAAUCUCUUAUAUCAUUGCACAUGAACUGGCACACCAGUGGUUUGGAAAUCUUGUGACAAUGAAAUGGUGGAGUCACGUUUGGCUAAAUGAAGGUUUUGCCACGUAUUUGUCAAACUUGGCGCUGGAUGAAGUUGAACCUACAUUUAAAAUGAGAGAAAUGUACACCACAAGUGAACUCCAUGCAGCAUUUGAGCAGGAUGCAUUGGUUUCUUCACAUCCUCUUACUGUCUCAUAUAACGACGUCCAGACAACUUCACAGAUCAUCGAGAUGUUUGAUGCUAUAACCUACUACAAGGGAGCAAUUGUGCUGAGAAUGCUUGCAAACGCUGUGGAGCAAAGAGUUUUCGACAAAGGGAUUAAAAUGUACCUCAGUGCCUUUAGUUUUGGAAACACCGACCAGCAUGACCUUUGGGACUACAUACAAAAGGCUGUUCAUGACGAUGGGGGUCACACUGAUGUUGCCAAGGUGAUGGGCACAUGGACCAAUCAAAAUGGAUAUCCUGUCAUUACCAUCAACACUACAAACGGCGAGAUCUACCAGAAACACUUCCUGUUCAACAGUUCUUUUGACACUAGUCAAUUGUGGCAUAUCCCAAUUCAAGUGGUGUCAAAUACAUCAGGAAAUUCUCUCCAAUGGUUGGAGACCAGCAACACAGUUAAAGACGCAUUCAUUUCUAAGCACGGAGAGUGGAUCCUUGCAAAUGUCAAUUGUACCGGAUAUUAUCGUGUUAAUUACAACCCAGAGAACUGGGAACGACUCCUCGUUCAGCUGGAAUCAAACCCACAUCGCAUUCCAGUGAUGAACAGAGGACAACUUAUUGAUGAUGCAUUUAAUUUGGCAAGGGCCAAAAUUGUUGACGUGACUCUGGCUCUAAAUGCAACGUGGUUCCUCCGUAGCGAGAAAGAUUACAUACCCUGGGAGUCCGCCGUUCGGAAUCUUGAGUACUUUGUCCUCAUGUUUGAUCGCUCUGAGCUGUAUGGACCUAUACAGAGCUAUCUUCGGGAUCAAGUUGAAAACUUGCACAGCUUCUUCAGCAACUUGACGGACAACUCUGAAGUUCCAAUAGACCAUUCCUUACAGCACAGCCAGAUCAUAGCCAUUGAUGUGGCUUGUUCCAACGGACUCCAAGAAUGCAUAGAUAGAGCCACGUGGAUGUUUAACAACUGGAUGAAUAGCAAUGAUACCAACACUAACAGCAUUCACCCCAACUUGCGGUCAGUCGUCUACUGCCAAGCUGUCGCUGCUGGGGGGAAAAAAGAGUGGGAGUUUGCUUGGAAUAAGUUCCAGACCACCAGUGAAACCUCAGAGAAAGACCAGCUUCGUAAAGCACUGUCGUGCACCAAGAAGAUCUGGCUUCUAAGCAGAUACCUGGAGUACACUUUGGACCCUGAGAAGAUACGACUGAUGGAUGUUACUUCGACUAUUAACUACAUUGCCACAAAUGUGGCGGGACAUGGAUUGGCCUGGAAUUUUAUUCGAGCGCACUGGGACUACGUUAGUCAGGGGGAUGGAGCCAAGCUGAUAGAGAGAGUGACCAGGAGGUUCUCGACACAGUUCGAACUGGAGGAGUUGGAGAAGUUUGCAACAAACUACGAUCUUGGUCCUGCUUCUGCGGCUAUGGAGCUGGCCAUAGAGCAAGUCAAAGUCAACAUUGAGUGGGUCAGCGAGAACAAGGACAUCGUACUGGAGUGGUUUCAAACCAAAACUCAGAACGAUAUCGAGCCUUUGUUUGGUCCAUCAGAUGGUGAAAGCAGCUUUUAAAGGCCUCCCUCUGCUACUAAACACAGAAUCUAAGGUAACUCUUAAAUCAAUUCCAACAAAAUGGACCAAAAAAACUGACUGAUGCACUUUUCUAAAACCGACUUCUUGAGAUGAAUACAGAAUCUAAGUCAAAUGUAGAUUACGUUACAAAAUUAAACAUACUCUAUCCAUUCAUCCAUUUUCUGAGCCGCUUCUCCUCACAAGGGUCACGGCAGUGUUGGAGCCUAUCCCAGCUAUCAUCGGGCAGGAGGCGGGGUACACCCUGAACUGGUUGCCAGCCAAUCGCAUGGCAAUGGCACACAUAAACAAACAACCAUUCUCACUCACAUUCACACCUAGGGGCAAUUUAGAGACUUCAAUUAACCUACCACGCAUGUUUUUGGGAGGUGGGAGGAAACCGGAGUACCCGGCGAAAACCCACGCAGGCACAGGGAG